AUGGGAGGGAUCCGUGCGGACGAGGACCGGUCCACGCCGAAGGAGGUCUACAACGUGCGCCUCUAUACCGAGUCCUCCAUCAUUGCCAUGGGAUCACUGCUCUUCGGAUAUGAUUCGGCCUUUAUCGGAACGACGAUUGCGCGCAAGAGUUUCGUGAACGACUUCGGCAUCACCUCGGAUACGUCGAAGGAGAUCUCUUCCAAUAUUACCUCGGCUUUUCAGGCUGGCGCUGUGGGCGGCGCGAUCAUGUGCUUUUUAAUUACCGAGCGUGUCGGCCGCAAGUGGGCGCUCAUAAUCAGCAAUCUCGUCUUUCUCGCUGGGGCCAUCUCCAUGACAGCUGCCACGAGCAAGCUUACAUCCAUGUACGUUGGUCGAGCUCUGACGGGUUGGGGCUGCGGCGUCAUCACUGCAACAGUGCCUUCCUACAUCGCUGAGCUGUCCGUUCCCUCUAUUCGGGGUAUUCUUACUGGUCUCUUUGAAGUCACGUACCAAGCAGGUUCACUGAUAGGCUUCUGGAUCAACUACGGCAUCAACCAGAACAUGAACUCCUCGAGUUCUGCGUCCUGGCGUCUACCAAUGGCCAUCCAGCUGAUUCCGUCAGGCGCCUUGCUAUUCGGCGGGUUCUUGCUGCAUGAGUCUCCUCUUUGGCUCUACCGAAAAGGUCGAGAGGAGGAGGCACAGAAAACUCUUGUCGCGAUACGACGACUACCGAUGGAUCACCAAUACAUGCAGGAGGAAGUCGAGAUGAUCCAGGCCAGGCUGGCUGAAGAAGCAGCCGUCGCGGCAAUAUACGGCCGCGGGUUCUAUGCCUACAUCCGAGGAUCUUUACACGAACUAUCACGAAAGGGAAUGUGGAAUCGGCUGCUUCUUGUGUUCUGUGCAUUCGCCCUGCAGAACAUGUCGGGUGCAGCUGCCAUCAACUACUACUCCCCCAUGCUCUUCGGCUCCAUCGGUAUCACUGACGUGGCCUUGUAUACCGGCAUCUACGGCCUUGUGAAGGCCGUUGCAUCCAUCAUCUUCUGCGGUGCGCUGAUCGACAUCUGGGGCCGUCGCAGACCUACCAUUAUCUCUUCCGUAGCCUGCUGUCUCUGUUUAUGGUAUGUUGGUGCUUAUGUCAAGGUGGCGAAUCCGGCACCGAUCAUCGCAGCUGGAGGAAAGCUCUCCGCUUCAACGAAAGCGGGAGGGCGGGCGGCCACCGCCGCCAUAAUGAUAUACUCUGUCUUUUGGUCAUUCGGUCUCAACGGUAUUCCUUGGAUCGUCUCUGCCGAGAUUUUUCCAGGCGCCCUUCGCAAUCUGACCGGAACGUUCGCAGCUUUUACUCAAUGGAUGAUUCAAUUCAUCAUCACGAAGGCCCUCCCGUAUAUUUUCAGCGGUCUAAACUACGGCGUCUGGUUCUUCUUUGCUUGCUGGAUGCUGACGGCUAGUGUCUGGGCCUACUUCUUCCUGCCAGAGACAAAAGGCCUCACGAUUGAUCAGAUGGAUAGGCUCUUCGGCUACGAAGGCGAUCGUCUUGCCCAUACCUCUCAUCAGGAGACAGAAGACACAAAGAGCGUGGAUCACGAUGUUCGCGAAAUCGAACAGGCAAAGGUUUGA